AUGUCUGAGAAUACCGCCCCCACUCCGUCGCAAAGCGACAUAAACUUCAUGAUCCAGAUAUUUCAGCACAUGACGGAGAAGCCUGCCAUCGACUGGCAGAGCUUCGCUGACGCUGCAGGCUUCAAGAACACAACCGUCGCCCAUACUCGAUGGGGCCAGAUCAAGCGCAAGUUCAACAACUGCACCAUCCAGACCACUCCGAAGAAGGCUGCCUCCAAGGCCUCCGCCGGCACCCCUGGCUCCGCAUCCAAGGUCAAGAAAGCUGCAGGUCGCGUUGGCGCAAAGGCCAACAAGGGUAAGAGCGCGGUUAAGGCGGAGGAAGAUGCCGAUGAUGAGGUAAAGGCGGAGGAGGAUGCCCGUGAUGAGGGAGAGGAUGACACCCCCACCAAGACGGCUGGCAUCAAGUUCGAGGACGCGUACGUCUAA